AUGAAUUCAGUAGCUCUUAAUGUUGAUGGCAGUGUAUUCCUUAAUUCCAACUUGGGAGGUUUUGGUGGUCUUAUUCGGAUCAUACAGCAUGUGGUGUGUCACUCUGAUUCAACUACUGUUGUUGACCUCGUCCAAAAAGAUUUGAAUGUUCAUCACAAAUAUGGAAAUUUCAUCAUGGCUAUUAAACAGCUUCUUCGUAGAGAUUGGGUGGUUAGUUUACGACAUACAUUGUGUGAGGGUAACGCUGCAGCUGAUUUUCUAGCUAAAAAGGGUGCUCUUAGUGAUAGUUGCCUUGUUAUUUUGAAUGAAGCCCCUCCUGAUAUAGCCUCUAUCCUCUUAGCAGAUACAAUAGGUGUUGAGUUUGUUCGACCCUAG